AUGGCGUCGGAGGACGAAGCGAACGCCGCGGCGGCGGUGGCGGAGGAUGCCGAGGCGGCAGAGGGAAGGAACUGGCGGCGGAAGGGGAAGCACGACAAGCCCAAGCCCUGGGACGAGGACCCCAACAUCGACCGCUGGAAGAUCGAGAAGUUCGACCCUGCCUGGAACGAGGGCGGCAUGCUCGAAAAGUACCUGCAGGAGGCGUGGCCGCUCGUGAAGGGCGCAUUGAAGGAGCACGGGAUCUCGUGCGAGCUCAAUUUGGUGGAGGGAUCCAUGACUGUGUCGACCACCAGGAAGACAAGGGACCCCUUCAUUAUUAUCAAGGCCAGGGAACUGAUUAAGCUAUUGUCCAGGAGCGUCCCUGCGCCUCAGGCAAUCAAAAUUCUUGAUGAUGAGAUGAACUGUGAUAUUAUUAAGAUUGGUGGUCUUGUGAGAAAUAAGGAACGCUUUGUUAAAAGGAGGGAACGGCUUUUAGGCCCUAACUUGUCUACACUCAAGGCUAUUGAGAUUUUGACUGGCUGCUACAUCUUAGUGCAGGGAAAUACUGUUGCAGCCAUGGGCAACUAUAGGGGAAGGGGACUGAAACAAGUGAGAAGGAUUGUAGAGGAUUGCAUAAAGAAUGUAAAGCAUCCAGUGUACCACAUCAAGGAACUACUAAUCAAACGUGAGCUAGCAAAAAAUCCUGCUCUAGCCACCGAAAACUGGGAUAGAUUUCUCCCAAAGUUCAAGAAGAAGAAUGUCAAGCAGAAGAAGCCUCAAACUAAGGAGAAGAAACCGUACACACCCUUUCCACCGCCUCAACAGCCUAGCAAGAUUGAUCUUGAACUUGAGAAUGGUGAGUAUUUCAUGAGUGACAAAAAGAAAUCAGCAAAGAAAUGGCAAGAGAAGCUGGAGAAGCAAUCUGGGAGAGCUGAAGAAAACAAAAGAAAGAGAGAGGCUGCAUUUGUUCCUCCAAAGGAGAACACUGCAGGUCCAUCUGAAUCUGACAAGAAUGCCAGUGACAACAGUGAGAUAGCUGAUAUAGCAAAGUCAUUAAAGAAAAAGGCAAAGGAGUUUAGAAAGAACGAGGCCCAGGAGAGUGUCAUAGCUGAAUCAUAUCUCGCAAGUAAUGAUGAAUCGCGGCAAAAAAAGAAAAAGAAAUCAACUAAGUCCAAGUAG